AUGUCACUUCCCGAUGUUUUAAAGCGAGGCGAUGACUUUUUAUCACAGUAUCCGCGGACCAGUCCGCUAUGGCAAUUGGGAUCGCAUGCCACUUGUCUUUUGACAGUUGGGAUCUCGAAACUCAUUUUGAAAACAUUCUACAAUGUGCAGUUAACCCAUUUUGAAAGACUUGAGACUGCAAUAGAUCGCUCAGUAAGUGAGAAUCGUGGAUUGAUGACUGUCAUGAAUCAUAUGUCCGUGGUGGACGACCCAUUCAUAUGGGGUGUUUUCCCAUGGCGAAUCUACACGGACCUGGAUCAUAUUCGUUGGUGUCUUGGUGCCCACAACGUUUGCUUUCAAAAAAAAUCUCUAGCCACUUUUUUUUCGCUCGGCAAAGUGCUGUCUACCAUAAGAUUUGGUGGUGGGCCUUUUCAAGGCUCCAUUGACGCUUCAAUCAGGCUUCUUUCACCAGACGAUACGCUAGAUCUCGAAUGGACCCCCAGCUGGGCUCAAGAAGAGAAGGAAACACCACAGCAAAAGCAAAUGAGCACACUAACGAAACUUGCGCAAGACUAUACUCCUCCUGUGAAAAGAAGCAAACCUUCGUGGGUCCAUGUCUAUCCAGAAGGUUUCGUUUUGCAACUUGAGUCUCCCUAUGCCAACUCCAUGAGAUACUUCAAAUGGGGCAUCACCCGUAUGAUUUUGGAAAGCACAAAGGCUCCCAUCGUGGUUCCAAUCUUCAGCACAGGGUUCGAAAAGAUAGCUCCUGAGUCUGCAGCGGGGACGAAAGUUGAACGGUAUCUUCCGCGUAAUUUUGGAGCCGAGAUCAAAGUCAUGGUCGGUAACCCUAUAAAUGACGAAAUAAUAGAAGCAUAUCGCGACGAGUGGAAAAAACUAGUCGAAAAAUACCAUGAUCCAAAGCAUCCAACUGAUCUCACCGAAGAAUUGAAGGUCGGUAAAGAUGCACAAAAUUUGCGGAGCAGAUUGGCCUCGGAACUGAGGGCACAUGUCGCAGAAGUUCGUCAUGAGGGCCAUAAUCUUCCGAUCGAGGAUGAGAGGUUUCAAUCCCCUCAGUGGUGGAAACAAUACACAGACUCUGAGGGUAGCUCAGACCCAGCUGUCAGAUUUAUUGGCAAAAACUGGGCAGUAAGAAGAUUGCAAAAAUUCUUAAAUGAACAAUCUGAUGCCGAGUCUUCUGAAAAUGACACUAAAUCCGAUGCCAAGAAAUGA